AUGAAGGAAUUACAGGAGGAAGAUUUCAUGGGCGCAGUCGAAAUCAUAAAAUCUGACCCAUUCGUGCCUUUACGCGAGACGGUAAUUGAAACGAAUUCCCUCGACAAUGAGAUGUGCAGUUCCCAUAACAAGCACAACCGUCUCUACAUGAAGGCUCGGCCACUGGAGGAUGACCUUGUCGCGGCCAUAAACGACGGGCGGAUCGGGCCUCAUGAUAAUCCUGUGGUUCGUUCAAAUUUCCGACGUGAGGAGUUCAGUUGGGACGAGGAUCGAAGCAAGAAUAUAUGGUGUUUGGGGCCCAACACCACGGGCCCGAACAUGGUUCUUAACAUGUGUAGGGAAACUCCAAAUCUGAAUGAGGUUAAAGAUUCCAUAGUCUGUGCUUUUGAGGCCGCCUCGCGUGUUGGCCCGCUUGUCGGGGAGAACAUGCGAGGCGUUUAUUUCGAAGUAUCCCAUGUUGAAUUGCACGAGGAUGCAAUUCACAGAGGCAGGAGUAAGAUCUUCCCGAUUGCACAGAAAGUCAUGCAUGCAGCUUAUCUGAAGGCAACUCCUCGUCUUAUGGAGCCCUUUUGCUUAGUCGACAUCUAG